GCGACAUCGUUUUUUCGCAGACCGCAUCUCAUUCGAGCUUACAGUGCAUGUGAUUCUUAUUUCCUCCACCCUGCAGCUGUUUCCAAAACACAUCAGUCUUCUCACCAAAACCUGAACGGCAUCAUGCCUCGCAGCACCCUCUUAACUUUGGAGUGGGCAGUCAUAGCUGUUGCGUCCACUCUAUUACUUCACACCCUGUCCGAACCAGUGACGGUCAAAGAUUGUUCAGGUCGAGGCGAGACUCCAGUGGUGGACAUCUCUCCGUGUCCGUCAGAGCCCUGCGUCUUCCCGCGAGGCAUAACUGCCAACGUCAGCGUUGUAUUCACAGCACCGGCAGAUUCAUCGACAUUAACGUCACACAUCUACGGGUACGUAGCAGGGAUAAAGGUACCUUGGUCGAUGCCCAAUCCAGACGGGUGUAAGGACAGCGGCCUCACCUGUCCAAUCAAAGGUGGCUUCAAGUACACGUACCUGAGCACGCUCUCCGCGCCACGCGACGCACCCCAGGUUGCUAUUGUUGUGGAGUGGGAUCUUAUAGGCUCAAAUGGCGAAAAGUUUUUUUGUUUUGAUUUUCCUUUGGAAAUUGUUGGCAACUAAUUACAAGAACAAUGACAAUAAAAUACAUCA